UUACAAUAUUUCUGACUUUUAAGCCAAAAUAAAUACGGGUUUAAAAUGAUUCAAUUUCGUAUUAUCUCAUUUAAUCUUUUUUUCAAAUGCGGGAGAUCUUUAUGUGUAUUCAUGUAUAUAGAGCGAAUUUUCAAUGACCAUUACAUUAUAAAUGAUUAUUGUAUACCUGUGACCAUUAACAGUGCCAACUAUCAAUAUUGAAAUAUUGGUAAAUCUUUACCUAUAGUAUAUGAUUAUAAAUCGGAGGUUUUACUAGUACGGUUAAAACGUUUAACACAGAUUAUUGCCAGACAUGUAUUGGAGUAAACCAGGACACCAAUUUUGAUACAAGUUUAACCAAGUUGAUAGCGUAGUCAACCAGGUGAACCCAAUGGCGUGCAUGCGGAAACAGUUCCAGUCCGGCCCGGACAAUUCCAUUUUAUCAUUCCUCGCCAAUCUGGGAAUAGUCGUUCUGUGUUUAAUCAACCUAGUCUUCCUGCUUCUAGGUAUUGGCGUCAUAAUCAUAGCAGACCGGUUGGAUAAAGAAAUUGACAAGCAUGAGGACAUUAUGAACCUGCUAGAUCUGGUGGAGUUUGGAACAUUUACCCUGAAACAACUCAUCAAUGCAAUUAUUGUUGCCGUCAUCUUGUGUGGCGUAUUUGCAAUCGUGACAUCACUCAUUGGUGGAGUGGGAGCGUUCUUUACAUUAAGAAUACUAUUAAUUUUGUAUAUGGUGAUAGUAAUUAUAUGUAUUAUCGUCGAGCUUUACGCACUAUCCCUCUGGAUUGACCUUCUAGAAAAGGUUGAUAACACUUUAAGAGGCUGGUUUGAGAAAUUGUUAAAGGAAUAUAAAGGGUCAGCAGUAGCAGACGUAUACUCAUUAGGAUGGGACUUCAUCUUUAUUUUUUUUGGUUGCUGCGGUGUUGAUCCUGUUACUAUGGCGCACAACGACUUUCAGACAUUGCCAACAAUAUGGUGGUCAUCCGGGGAUCACGGAAGUGACGUCAUACCUGCAUCAUGCUGCCAUGAUGUUACAGUUGAAAACUAUCUGAACUACAACAAUACCGACUGCACAGUAAACAUGAACAGCUAUCACACGUCGGGUUGUUAUGAUAUAUUUGAUGAAAUAUUUACACGACUAGCAUCCGCUGCCAUCUCGAUAAUAACGAUCAUCUGCAUCAUAGAGGGAGUAGCGAUAUUUUUCAGUGUGGUUAUCAUUAUUGCUGUUUCAACUAGAAAGAAGGUGGGACUUGUGUGACGACAUUUCCUGGAUUUUUGUUUACAUUAAAACGGCUGUGUAAGAAGAUCUUGCCGCAAAAUAUUGACUUUUCCUCCAGAAGACUGUUAUUAAUGAUAGUGGAAGAAUACGACAAGAUUUCAGAAGCUUCCCUGGUUCUUAGCGUGCCAGGUGUAAAGACAUAUACACGGGACUCUAUCCCAAAGUUAGUAAUGUUGGAGGAGAGGGGAAUCGAACUCACAGCCCUUGGUUUUGUAGCUAGACAGAGUUACCACUGGACCACUGCGUCUGUACAUGAUUACCGACGUUUUGGAGAUGUCGUGAAUCUCUUUUCGUACUUACCAAAAACGUUUCAUUGAUUUCCGGCUCCGAUUUAAGAUCUGCAGUUAAUCCUUUUCAAAUUCUUUUACAAUUGAAUCAUGGCAUUUUGACAGGUUUUGUUACAAUAUCUUGAUCUCAACUUUUUCCCCAGCUUAAAUGCCAGGUAGAUAGAAAUGCGCUAAACAAGACUUUAAAGAAUGAUACAAUCUAUGAGUCUGCUGCAGAGAUGUAUGGUGACUAAAUAAAAAGAAUAUACAAUGUGCCUUAUAUAUAUAUGCUAAACAUGUAACAUACAUUGUAUAUACAAUGUAUGCUGCGUGUGCCACAGUAUGUUGUGAGGAACGGAGAGAAAUGUUUCAAAAUAUUUACAUUCACUUUACGUUUUACUUUAGAUGAACAAAAUGGCGUCGUUCGAAAAAUUCUUUCAAAAUUAGACGCCAAAAAUGUAAAAAGAACAUUAAAUUAUAGCUUUAACUAUUUUUUCUUUAUAUGGUAAAGAACUGGAUAUGUUUUAAUAAAAACCAGGAACUCUAUUUUUUAUCGGAAGGCGAAUUACAUAUGAACGUGAGCGGCUCUUUCUAGAUGUUGAAAAGAUCGAUAUGUUGACAUUUACUCAUGGAAAGCAUAUGUCAUGGUAACAAACUUCCUUAAUAGCAUUCAGUGAAAAAUUAUUUGUUUUAAAAAGUAUAUUUGUGAUGAACUAUUAUAUUUGUAUGCGUUUAAGAUGUUUUAUGAAUAUGUUCAUAUAAAAAUGUUACAUUUCAAAUAUUUUUUUUAUCUUAUGUGCAUAAUGUUACAUUCUUCUUCUUUUAUUUUCACGAUAUUAUAUUUUUGAUAUUAUUUAUUUUCAGUUUCAGUCGUUCUUGUGUGAUACUGGUGUUCCGUUUACAAAACUAGUUUGUUCCAGUACUGUUUCGUUAUUUCUGUUUUAUAUGUUUAAAUUAUUUGUUGUUGUUGUUUGUCGUUGUUUUUUAAAUUUGUUUAGUGUUUUGAAUGUUUAUUUUACUACUGUGUAUUUAACCAUUUUAACAACAUUUUAAUGUAUCAAUGCCAAAUUGCCUAAUAAAACACAAAACCAUU